AUGAAGUUGGUAGAUAGGGCUGAGAUGCUGAUCUGGAUCUUGACAAAUACACUGGAACACAAGGAAGAUGCAGUGAAGGCAGGGAGCUCCUGGGACCCUCCCAGAAUGGCCCUGGGGAAUUUCCUGGGUAGCUUUGGCAGCCCAGUGGGACCUUCCUGGGAAUGA